AUGAACAUCUUCAGGCUUUUGGCCGAUUUUUCGCACCUCGCAUCCAUCUUUAUUCUUCUACAUAAAAUGAAGUCGUCUAGUAGCUGUUCUGGGCUGUCAUUCAAAUCACAGGCUUUGUAUUUGAUGGUUUUUGUGACUCGCUAUCUUGAUCUCUUCUGGGCCUUUUCCGAAUCCUUAUACAACACGACUUUCAAGAUACUGUUUAUUGGCUCAUCAGCUUAUAUCAUCUAUCUCAUGCUUAAUGACUAUAAACCCACACAUGAUCCGAAUAUCGAUACAUUCAAAGUCCAAUACCUCCUCGGGAUUGGUGCUUUGCUAGCUCUUCUCUUCCCACAUGACUAUAGUUUCUCCGAGAUUCUCUGGACGUUCUCGAUUUGGCUUGAAUCUGUUGCCAUCCUCCCUCAGCUCUUCAUGCUUCAACGUACCGGCGAGGCGGAUACUAUAACAACGCACUACCUCUUUGCAUUGGGUCUAUACCGCGCUCUUUACAUACCUAAUUGGAUCUAUCGCUAUUUCGCGGAAAGCUACUUUCAGCCCGUCCCUGUUGUAGCAGGUAUCGUUCAAACACUCCUAUACUCGGACUUCUUCUAUAUCUAUUAUACUAAGGUCAUGAAAGGAAAGAAGUUCUCACUUCCUGUCUAA